AUGCAUGCUCCACCAAUCACUCGGAGGGUACGAAGUGAAUAUACACCUUGGCUAACGAAAGAUAUUAUGAAAAAAAAUAGGAACAGAGAUUAUCUAAAGAAAAAAGCAGUUAAGACUGGGUCUCUAAAUAUGCACCAAGCUUACAAAAAAGCUAGGAACGAG